UGUCAGCCGGGCAGGAGGACGUUGCAAAGAUGGUGAUCUACAGUGUAUAUGUUGUGAACAAGGCUGGAGGUUUAGUUUACCAAUACGACAAUUAUGUCCCGAGAGCGGAGGCUGAGAAAACGUUUAGCUAUCCUUUAGAUUUAGUGCUGAAGCACCACGAUGAAAAAGUCAUCGUGUCGUUUGGACAGCGGGACGGAAUCAGAGUGGGCCACGCAGUGCUGUCCAUCAAUGGAGCUGAUGUGAUUGGCAAGAACACAGCAGAAGGAAAGGACAUCCUUGAAUACUUAAAAGAUGCCUCAAACUACCCAGUGUCUAUCCGCUUUGGACGGGCUCGCCUGAGCUCCAACGAGAAGCUGAUGCUGGCAUCUAUGUUUCACUCGUUGUUUGCUAUAGGUUCACAGCUGUCCCCUGAAGUUGGCAGUUCAGGGAUUGAGAUGCUAGAAACGGACGUCUUCAAACUCCACUGCUUCCAGACACUUACAGGGAUAAAGUUCAUUGUGCUGGCGGACCCUCGUCAAUCUGGUAUUGAUGCGCUAUUGAGGAAGAUUUAUGAGAUAUACUCAGAUUUUGCCCUCAAAAAUCCGUUCUACUCUCUAGAAAUGCCAAUCAGGUGUGAACUCUUUGAUCAGAAUCUCAAGGGUGCACUGGAGAUCGCAGAGAAGGCUGGCAACUUUGGAGCUGGAUCGUGAACCAGAGAAGACUAGACUGAACGUUCUAUAAUUUCUAACCACAACGGAUUCACUGACUUCAUAUGCCUGUGGUUAAAGUUGAGUUUUUUUUUCUUUUUCCUGGUUGGUAUCAGACUGGCAAUUAACAUAUUGUAAAUACAUCAUGUUUUGUAAAUACUUGAAGAUUAAAUAACAUACUGUAUGUAAACAUUU